AUCACCACCCACUUCAGCUUCGACCCGUGAACACCGGAAAAGCGACAACACCACAGCCGUCGCCAUGCCUACCCGUUUGUCGAAGACCCGCAAGCAUCGCGGCCACGUUUCCGCCGGCAAGGGCCGUGUCGGCAAGCACCGCAAGCACCCCGGUGGUCGUGGUCUUGCCGGUGGUCAGCACCACCACCGUACCAACAUGGACAAGUACCACCCUGGUUACUUCGGUAAGGUUGGUAUGCGAUACUUCCACAAGCAGCAGAACCACUUCUGGAAGCCCAUCAUCAACCUCGACAAGCUGUGGUCCCUCGUCCCCGUCGAGACCCGUGACGCCUACGUCUCUGGCGAGAAGAAGGACACCGUCCCCGUCCUCGACCUCCUCCCCCUCGGCUACUCCAAGGUCCUCGGCAAGGGCCGCCUCCCCGAAAUCCCCCUGGUCGUCCGCGCGCGGUGGGUGAGCCGUCUGGCUGAGAAGAAGAUCACCGAGGCCGGCGGUGUUGUUGAGCUUGUGGCAUAGAUCAAGUUUAUGCCAUGUCCUUUGAGCUGGCUUUAGGCUAGGAGUCCGGGGCUGGGAAUUGGGGAAACCGGGAAAAAAAGGGUCCCCCAUGAAUGCUCCCCUGGAUGCCGAAGAAAGAAAGAUGGGGGGAGGGAAUUGGGACCUGGGUUGGUCGGCUUCGAGCAUUGCAUCAGGGACUCUCGAAACGGAGUUUAACGAAAUAAAAAUCGAUUUUCGCCCAUAAGCCAAUGACCUCUACGUCACGAACAUGCUGCAAUGGGGACGCCUGGAUGAUACUUUGAAGAAACACUGGGUACGGACGAGUUGACGGGUAUUGCAGCCAUGUUGGCACCUAUGGGUAUCUAGC